GUGUCGACCUCAUAACACGCCGAGACUUUACCACAAAUUUCAAAUUUCGAUCAAAAAUAUUCAUUUGCUAAUCUACCCUACCCUAUAGCUGCGUGCUUACUCUUUUUCUGCUUCAUUCAUCUAUAAACCAAAUAAAUACGGCAUUAGUGUGACAAUGUUAUCGUACGUACGGAAAAUUAUGGCCACAAGUGAAGCUAAAGGUGUUUCAUAGUAGCACUAUCUUCUCCAGCAAGAACGCCUCUAAGGGGGUGUCGAACAUUAGCUUGUUGCGGCAUCUAGCGGUUGAAAAACAAGAGGUUUGUGGCUCAGAGUGCAUUUAACUGGGUUCCCCAAAAAGUACGGUGGCCGAACAGCCUUUGUUUGUGUUCGAGAAACGAAUGGCAAAUAUUCUCCGCGUUUUGACGUCACCGUAUGAAAGAUGUGUAUAAUAUAAACUAUGCUCGUCAGGACAGACUGUUAACAAACUCAUUGUUGUGUAUGCCAUACCUAAAUGUGAGGUUAUGUACUGGUUUGAAUCGCCGAGCUGUGUUGAUCGUGAAUUGGACGCUCUUUAUUUAAUCUUCACUAAGACGGCUGAUCGAGAAGCGUUUUGUGCAUCAUUCAUGUAGACCUUUUGCUGGAGGACAUUAACCAUUCCAAACUUGCUCAGGUGUUGCCCACCUGCUGUCAACUUGCUGUCAUUACCAAGUGCAUCUCUUUGCGAAUGAAGUGCAGUCUACUGGUGGAUUGUCUAGUGAGCCUUCGCCGGGCUAAUGCAGCUUUAGCUUCAGCCGCCAGCUUGUCGUCACCCGUGCGCUUACUACAUGGGAUGUCUUGCGUAAUUUUUUUAUUCCAUUAAAAAAAAACAUGUAAUGGCGUUAGAAUUCAACUAUGGACACCGAGCGAAGCAACUGCAGGCCGCCGACUGGCACACUAUAACUAGCUAGCUGGGUUGCUAAGCGAAAAAACAGAGGCUUGUUUGGGUUUUGGAGACGCCGCACUCAAAGUGUGAUGGACCCUCCAGGUUGGACACCAUAAGAGUCAAACAUGAUGUCUUCAAGGUCCAGAUGAGUGAGGAGCCCCGCUGAAGACAUGGACCUCAGCAAUGGCACCUGUGAGGCUGAGACCAUUGUAGCUCUACACUGCCCUGGAGACCACCCGGCCACCAGCAACGACGGAAUGUCAGACUUCUCCAACAGCGACAUCUCCCUGCCUGAGGUCUGCAUCUCGACCGACUUUGAGGAGAACAUGAGCUACGAGGUCCAGCAAGCCUACAGGAUAUUCUCCUGCUUCCGCCUCGACAAGCACAAAAGCAUCGCCAGCCCUUUUCUCCAUCAGGAGGUCCGGGAGCGUGGCGUCGGAGGAGUCCGUGGUCUCAAGCAGCCGAUGUGUUUGCAGAGGAUGGAGGAGAAGUUUACAUGCCAGGAGUAUAAGACCAUAACAGAGUUUGUUGCUGACUUCAGACUGAUGCUGGAGAACUGUUACCGCUGCCAUGGCGUGGACCACUGGAUGUCCAAACAGGCCCAAAAGCUGGAAAUUAUGCUGGAGCAGAAGCUCACGCUGCUGUCCAGGACACUUCGGGAGAAGACAACAUUGGCAGUGACCUCCAAAGGCCGUUUCGGUGCAGAAGAGGAGCGAGGUCCAGGAGGAACUUCCACAAGGAGGCGACUGUCCUCUCGUAGCCUGGCCACCAUCACUGUUGGCGGGCACGAGUCUGUCAUGGUGCAGGCCCUCAGGAUGGAGGAGCAACAGAGGGCCAAGGAGGAAAGGAGGCAACGUGAGCUGGAGAAGAAAGAAGCUGAAGAAAUGUCGGCCAAGGCGGUGGAAGAGUGGGAGCAGACUUUGCUGUCCCAGGCCUCCCCCCACACUGUGGACACCCUGUGGGAGCUCCCUGCCAUAGGCCACUUCCUGUGCCUAGCUCAGACCGCGCUCAACCUCCCGGAGGUUGUCUUUUUCGAACUGGAGCGCUGCUUGCUGAUGCCCCGCUGUAGCACCCUUCUCUCCAAGAUCAUGUCAUCCCUCCUGUCUCCGUGGCAGAAGAGGUCCACCCUGCAACGCCGGCCCGCCCUGCUGUACCGCCGCUGGGAGGCGGAACUCAGGCUGCGCGUCAAGGGCUGGUAUCGAACAGUCGGCGCCGCCCGUGAUCAGCUGGCUCGGGCCGAGCAGCUGGGGCUCUGUCACCAGUUUUUUCACCACCUGGGGGAGGUGAGCCCCUUGGAGGAGAGGCCCUUUCACCUGCUGCCCUUCUACCAGCGAGUGUGGCUUCUGAAGGGGCUGUGCGAUCACGUGUAUGAGACCCAGAAGGACGUUCAGGACGCUGUGCUGGCCCAGCCCAUACAUGAAUGCAGGGAGUCAAUUUUGGGCUACGACACCAAGGACAAUGCUUACAUACACUUCCCACAUUUCUGCGGGGCCGACUUGAGGAUCUACUGCCAGAGCCCCAGCAUGCCUCCUUCUUUUCCCUUCCCCUCGUUGCUGGUGAGAAGGGAGGCUGAAGAUCCUUGUGGACUGAAAGAUGAGGAGGACAGAGCAUUUUGUAGAAGCCCGUCUGGGCAGACAUUGAGGUGCUUUAAAAGGGAAAACGGGGUUGGUGGGGAACAUGAAGAAAGAUUUUGGUCCAUGAAGGAGGAGGAGGUGUGUGAUUCAGGGUCCUCAGAUGGAGACUCCUUGCCUGUUGCAAGUUCAAUAGUGGUGAAAAGACAUUUUAAGGAAGAGACUUUAGAAUGUCAAUCCACCACAACAGUAGCAAUAAACAAAGAUAGGGGUUUCUCCUUAGGCUCAGUGCAUACCAUUAAAGCAGAGGGCCUUGGACUGAAUGUAGGAGAACAUAGCUACACAGGUAGGUCACCUGCUCGCUCAGUGGACAUCACAUCCCCAACUCAACCCUCGGGGACCAAAGCAGAAGGCAAAAACCCUCACACACCACCCCCCUGUCUGGAUUGUCGACAAGCUGUCAAAUCUCUGCAGCACGACUCUAACUGUGGCGAAUCUACCCAUAGCACGCAAAACCUCAACAAAGACGACGGAAUGCAGUCGAAAAACAGAAAAUGGAAGAAAAACAUGCAGCAAAAUGUGAGCCCGUGUCCGACCGAGGCAAACCAAUCUGCUUUACAGGCAACGAACCAGAGGAAAGAUAAGAAGAGAAAGCAUAAAGAAGGAAAAAAGCUUGAGUCCACAAAGAAAAUCAAACAUGAGCCUUCAGCUGAGUCAUCGUUUAAGUUGGUUUGCACCAGUCUGCAAGAGUUGCGAGAGCUGAUCAGCAAAACCGAGGAUGAGCUUGACGACCUGGAGAGCACGAAAAAGAAAUUGGAUCGUUGGUACUAUCGAAGACAAGCUGUGAAGGACCUCCACAGCACUCUUAUCAGACUACUGAAUGAGCUCUCACCCUGGGAACCCAAACUUGUGAAGGCCCACCACAGAAACAGGCUUCGUUUGAAGAAGGAAUUUGACGAUUUCAGGAAGCAUCCAGAGUAUAAUAACUUCGUGCGAGAGGAGUGUAUGUCAUCCUCCUCCUCCUCAUCUUCAGAUGAUGAUGAUGAAGAUACGGGUGGCGAAAAGGAAGAGUCUUUGUUGAAUGACUAUCGAGGCUCGGAAGAAGAUCUGGAACACAUGGUUCCCAGAGGCCUUUGGACUCGGGGGAGCAGCAGAGAUUUAUUAGCUGAAUCUGUCAGAGAGCGAUCACCAAGCUUUGUAAUCUCAAACCACAAACAUCCAGACAGUGCCGAAAAACUACCAAGCAUUCCAACUGACAGUUCUUCUGCUGCAGACUUUGGUCUAAAGUCCACAUGUGAAAUGAUUCCAUUAAAUCAAUGCGGGGAUUCAAACGCGGAAUGGGCUCCCCACCCUACCACCGGACUACCUAAAGGCUACACGCCCAUUCCGACCCUGCUUGCUAAGAGCGUGGGAAACAAAGUGACCUUAAUGAAACGGCCUGUUAAUUACUCAGGGCCUAACAACCUAAAUAACAAGCAGUGUUCAAACACCCUGCCUCUGUUUAUAAUAGGGAACGCAAAAGCACAAAGUCCUCAAACCACUACACAGCAGACACAAAGAGACGAUCCAAGCGGGCAAACAGCAAAGACUCCUCUUGAAUUAGAUUGGGACAAACCAAGUGUGUCUUUAUCACAAACUCCUCUCCAAGGAGUGUCUAAUGCUCUUGAGGGACUGUGUCGUCCUGGCAUGAAAGACGAUGGCAAUUUUUCCAAGAUGUCUGUGCAGCCAGUCCUGGACCACAUAACACAGGAUAAGAUCAUGCAACAGCUGGUGAUCCUGCCUUCUGUUCACAAAUCAGAGGAGGAGCAGCAGGGUACUAAGGAAACCGUUUGCAUGUCCACCAAUGUGCCUGGCCUCACCUUUCUGGACAGGAGAGUUCCUGUUCAGGAAGUGGCUCCACUGAAGGAUACCCGGCGAGUGAAGACACCUUCCCUUUCUGUCCCCCAAAACACAACAGGAUUCCAAGGUACGUCAUCUACAAGAACAUCACAGAGUAUGAAUCCAAGGCCGUCAAUGUCUCCCAAACCACCAGACAAUAAGCAGGAACUUAAAACGAUGUGCAUCCGUGAUUCCCAGUCCAUCCUCGUAACAACCCGAGGAGGCAACACCGGCAUUGUCAAAGUACAGACGUCCUCUGCCCAGAAUCCACUCGGCUGUUUGUCCACCAGUCCGGUAAUCACCAUUUCCCCUCAGUUUAAAGCCUUCCUUGUGUCCAAGACUUCAGAGACCUCUUCUGUGCCCUCUCAGAAGAACCCUUGCACCACCACCACCACAACACUGGCCAGCCUCAGUCAGUCAGUAGCCCAGCCUCAGAGGCACAGUCCUUCCAUGUUAAAGUCCUUCUCCACCAUCCCAAAUCCUGAGGUCUCGACGCUCACCGGCGACAUUCCCGUGACAGACCCAAGAAGUUGGACUUCAAGAUCUCCCUCAAAUCACGGUUCUACUGUUGGUUGUUCUCAGUUGAUUAAGAGUACCACUGAUUCGCUCACAAAAGCUAAGAUAGUCAACCAGCAUGGGUUGAAGCGCCCAGCCACAGAGGAGCAAUCCCAAAUUACAAAAUUUGUCCUGGUUAAUCCCCCCUCCUCCUCCUCUUCUGCUUCAACUGCAGCUGUAUCAAAAGACACAUCUUCCACACAUCUUAGUUCAAGAGUGGUCGUUGUCAACCAGCCCGCAGCAACAGCAUCAUCCUCUGCUUUAGUUGGAAGUGUUCCAAAGCAGACCACAGCAACGGGGGACAUUAGUGGACAGCAGCUAACUAUGUCAUUGUCAAGUCUGAAAAUGGGAUUAAGUCCUAGUGUCAACUCAGUUGUGAUGCCCAAGGGAAAGAGUGUCACUCUCCCAACAGGGCUUCAGAUCCAGUUGUCAGGGAUGACAACCACCAUCGGACAGACCAUCGGUGCUCUCUCUUCCCCUUCCAGAAUCACACCAGUAGCAGAUACAGCACCAGCAUCCACAAUCCACCCGGCCCCUUUCACAAAUUCAAAUACAAUCACAAGCUCUCUUACCCAUCUUAUUCCCAGUACUACUUGGACCAGAACCUUUCAACCCCAUUCUUUCCCAUCUAAUCUGACAACUACUCAGCCUGCAGCAAGUCUGGUAACGGGUCCUGCUCAGGUGGCUUGUUCAAAACCAACCUCUCACCUUGAUCAUCCACCCACUAAUGUGCAAACGGCCAAAGACCCUACCCUCAUCCCGUCGUCCCUUCACAAUGGUCUCAACAAAACCUCACCAGCCGACAGUACACAGCUCACCACCCCUGCAACUGAUGCCCAGCAGAGGAUAGUCAUCAAGACCUCCAAGCCCCUUGCAGCUGGCACACAGAUCAUCCUUAAUAACACAUGCUUUGUAGUUCCACCACAGGGUUUGGGUCCAGGUAGCCAUGUACUCAUCAUCUCUAGCCCUUCUUCGCAAAAAGUGCCUAAUGCCACCGGUAACUGCAACGGACCAGUGGCAGCACCACCCCAAGGAGCGAGUCAAUGUCCGGCAACCCCUCAAGCACCAAUUUUAGGGGUGAAUUCUCCUUUUGUAGCAUGCACAAUUGGUCCUGGCAGUAUCGGAACGGUCCACAGCACAUCAGCACGCUUUAAUACCUCUGCGUCACUUGUGGUUAACACAUCCCCUCUAGUCGUACCCCAAACUCAGUUAGCCAAAAGUCCAGCCUAUGUGUCCCAAGUCAUAACCAGCCCCGCUCUUGGUUCCAUUCUUGCUCCGAUCAGGUUGCCCUCUGGUACUGGUACUCCAUCUCAAUCCAAAUGUUCCACUGCAGUCACCCAAGCAUUGCCCUUAUUACCCUCACCAUUAUUGUCUUCACCAGCCCCAUCUAGCAAUUCUGUCAUACAAAGCACGUUGCAUUUCCAGGAUAUCUCAACCCUGAAGUCAACCGUCCAACCGCCAUCUCCAGUCUCAGAGUCAUCCGUCAUGGAUAAAGUCUUUGCAGGAUCAACAAUGGCUGCUCCAAGCACAGCAUCUAGGAUCCAGACCCUGCCGGUCGUGGGGGCACCUGUGGUUACCCUACCUUCAUCCGUCAGUUUUGUCACCACCGCUCAACCACUCACUUUACUCAACACCAUCCACCAAUCCAGUAUUACCAGUCAGCUAAAGCCGUCUUUGCAGAAAUCCCCGUUAAGUACGGCUAACAGCAUCCAAGCAUCCAAGCUUCUCAUCAGUCCCGACGGGGCGGUUUUAAGUCAGAUCGUUGCCCACCAGCUGCACACAUGUGAUGCUACUACAUGUGAUGCUACUACUUUGCAGCCUUCACAAGCUGGCACCAAGUCAACCAAAUGACUCUAAAAUGUUAUUUAUAUUUUUUGUUAAGAGCUGUUAAAACUGCUAUGUAGUUCUUGUUUUACUCCCAAAAGUAGGUUUUACUCUCUGGCUACUACUGAGGUUGCCCUUGGAUGGAUGUUUGUUGUUUUUUUGUUCAUGGCCAGUAAAUGGUGAGGAAAUGUUCAAUGGAUUAGUGCUUCAAAAGCCAACUUGCUACUUUAAAUGUUUAAUAGGACAUGAUACUUGUUUGUACACCCAUUCUGUGCAUAAGAGUUAGAAACAGCAUUUUACAUUUGAGGAAAUGUAAAGAAUAGACUGAUUUGUACGACAUGUUUUGCACUCACUUUUUAUUUAUUUUCUACCAUAUAGAGUUAUUUACUACAUAGAUACAUUUUCAUGGAACUAAUGUGGCUGUCAAAGCAUGGAAAUAAUAAACAUCUAUGCCCCAUUUGUUUUUUCAGGGGUUGUUCCUUCU